AUGGAGUCUCAGUCUCAACCCCAAACUGGAACUCCUCUUCCGCCUCAGAAUGGCCCUGCUAUGCCUACCAAAGCUACAAAGCAUGACAUUGACGCUAUUUUGAACGGGUCAGCGUUGAACCAUCUGGCUCCUAUUUCUGGAGGCCGCUGGAAGCUGGUAUCUCAACACUACAACACGAUAGUGGUCGCCUACCACGUAAACCGCCGUGCAGUCUUUACUACCACUGUCCAAAUUGGCACCAACCCUGAUACGGUCAAUAACCAAUGUUGGCAAUAUGUGUAUGGCUACCCAACAGCUGUGGCUUCGCUCACUGAUGGUGGUCUCCAAGAAUGGACUCCUCCUGUCUCGAAUAUUGGCAACCGGGCUGAGGAGGUGGCGUCCCUUACCCAGACGUACAACCAGAUAUUGGACGCCAACCACAUCAUGGCAACAGGUGCCCCUCUCCGUCAGUCUGGCGUAUUCCCAGGUCCCAUCGAUGCUCAGCUUCCCGAAGCUGGCGAUUUCUCCAUCUCAAUGCUCGACCAAGCACAGCCUCAGAGCCAGGCGCAAGAGCACAAUGAGACGAUUGUGUCGGAUGUAGGAUCGUUUCACAACAUGCAGUCGCUGAACAUGGCUGGAGUUGAACCGGGUGAUUUUACUGCUUUCCAGAAUGUGGAUGACUCGGCCCAUGGUGGCAUCAACCCGAUCAUGCUUCAUGAUGGAAAUGACGAUGAGGCUGAUAUCAGCCCUCACUGGAACUCUUUCUCUGAGAGCAUUUGA